AAACAAACCAGAGAGGAAGACGGCGUGGAUUGAGAAGAAAUGACAUUAAGUUUUCCUAAAGACGGAUAAAAUUGGAAUUACAACCUUUUUUGUACUAGUAUAUGGGUAGCUUAAAGACAACAGUCCAGUGAGGAGGACAACUCAGCCACACAUAAAUGUGCUGCUAAAGCCUCCAUAUUGAAAACAAGAACUUUUUUUUUUUUUUCCCUUUCUUUUUUUUUUUUUUUUUUUUUAAUGCUUAAAAUUAAAUUUUCUUCAGAGAUUGACAAAAAGAUAGGGCGACUGAGACGGGGGAGGUGGCAGAAAAGUUUCCGUCAAGGAACUGAAGAUCUGUGCUCUGCAAUGCCUCAGCCCAGCAUUAGCGGAAUGGAUCCUCCCUUUGGGGAUGCCUUUCAAAACUGCUCUUUUACUGACCAGGCACUGACCAGCACGGACCUGUUGGCUAACAGUUCUGACCCAGAUUUCAUGUAUGAACUGGAUCGGGACAUGACUUGUCGCCAGAGCCCUAGAGGAGAUAUUUUCACAGUCGGAGACUGCAAAGACUUGGACAGCAUGGAUCAUCUACCUGAGCUGGUAGACAAUGACCCUGCUUACAGCUCAAACUUUGAGCAGUGGGACACAUACUGGGAGGACUUGACUAAGUACACUCGCCUCACCAGUUGUGAUAUCUGGGGCACCAAGGAAGUUGAUUUCUUGGGCCUUGAUGACUUUUCCAGCCCUUACCAGGAUGAGGAGGUGAUAGGUCGAACACCCACCCUGGCCCAGCUCAACAGUGAGGACUCGCAGCCAGUUUGUGACACUCUUUACCAUCCGGACUUGCUGGUGGGUCAAAAGCAGCUUUUGUUUCCACCUCCCACCAUGGCCAAGAAGACCAACAAACUCAGCAGCUCUGCAACCAGCGCUUCAUCGAGCCGCAACCCUCUGCCUGACUUCCCCGAGGGAUCCCAGAAAGCUACCUGGCCUGUUCCCUCCAGCACUGACACAAUGGCCAGGGCCCAGCUUCAAGGCCCUAGCAAAGCCUCGCCCGCACUUCUGGACAACAUGGAUUACGUUCGCAAAGCCAAGGUACGCAUCAGCGGACCACGAAAACCUAUAGUAGAGAGCUCCACCCAAAUUAGCGUUUCUGCCUCCCCUCUUAUCCAGGAGCACAAAACGUCAGCUUCGCAGGUCAGCGAGGACCCUGCCGUCGUCGCUGCUAAUACAGCAUCCUCCGUUAGCUGCGAAAAGAGACUGGAGCCUCCUAAACGAGAUGCACCGACUUGUCCCGGUCCAGAAAUAGGGACCCUGAGGACGGUGCCACACAAACUCCCCUUCUCUGCAGAAACCUUGCUCACCGUGAGUGCCCUUGGAUCCGACACGUCUGCCGCUGACAAAAAAAAGGAGGAAGAGCACAACUACUCGUUAUUCCUAACCAGGGCCAGGCUUGCAGGGAAGGCGACUGCUGACAUGGAAGAGGAGGAAGAAGAGGAAGAAGAAGGCGAGGAAGAGGAAGAAGAGGAGGAGGGAGAGGGAUUGGAUCUAGACGACGAAGACCAUGACGAAGGGUUUGGCAGUGAACAUGAGCUUUCGGAGAAUGAAGAGGAAGAGGAGGAAGAGGAGGAUGAAGAUUACGAGGGCGACAAAGACGACUACGUUAGUGAUGCGUUCUCAGAGCAAGGAUGCGACACUGAUAUGGUUGAUGAUGUCAAAGGUCUGACGGCUGGAAUUUCCAGAAAGAGGGGAAAACGUCGAUACUUUUGGGAGUAUAGCGAGCAGCUCAUCCCAUCCAAACAGGAGCGCAUGCUGAAGCCCUCCGAAUGGGACCGAGACACACUUCCCAGCAACAUGUACCAAAAGAAUGGCCUGCACCAUGGAAAAUACACACUGAAGAAGUCACGGCGGACGGAUGUGGAAGAUCUUACUCCAAACCCUCGAAAGCUACUUCAGAUUGGCAACGAACUGCGGAAACUCAAUAAAGUCAUUAGUGACCUGACGCCGGUUAGUGAGUUACCUCUAACCGCUCGACCUCGGUCUCGAAAGGAGAAGAACAAGCUUGCAUCCAGGGCCUGCAGGCUCAAAAAGAAAGCUCAGUACGAAGCCAACAAAGUCAAGUUAUGGGGCCUUGGAACUGAAUAUGAUCGUUUGCUGUUUGUGAUCAAUGCAAUCAAAGAACAGAUAGUCAGCAGAGUACAGGAUAUCUCGCAUGACAAAGGAACAAGCAUGACCGAGAAGCUGGAUAAACUCAUUGAGGAUACCUUAGUGCAGCCACCAGUUGCCGGCCAGACUUCAGACUUUGUGAAUCAGAUCCUGGAGAACACUGGGAAAGGAGAUCCCACCGGAGGGCUGGUGGGGUUGCGCGUGCCCACGUCGAAGGUGUAGAGUCACACCUCGGAGCCCACGCGAAGCCAUCCGCGCCAUUCUUGUCCCACACUGUAACGGCCCGACACUCUGCAUGCCCAUUUCACUUGGAGACGCAUCCUCACAUUUAAAGUGAAUACAUGCAUACGAUACCCGCUUGUCCGUGCAUACGUAUGUGUAUAUUCACCUCGUGCGCACCAAUGGAAAUGAAACUAGUAGUUAACCUUUGCACUCAGUAGUCUGUUUCCUACCAUGUGUGCAUGUGGCUGGUAUCGAUCAACAGGCCGCCAUGUUGCAAAUAUUAAAAGCCAAUAUACGAGAUACCUCCAACAACCGAGAAAAAGAGAGAAAAAAGCUAAACAAUGAGCACCAGUUCUUGCUGUAGCCAUUUUCCUCUUGCGUCCAGCUAAAUCCAGUCAAAUGCCCAUUGAGAGUUUUGGGAAGCAGAGGCGUACUCUGCAGAGAAACUACGAAGGCAUUAGAUCCUUUGAUUUAGCGGUCAAAAAGGUGUAAAUGCAGACUUUCUGAAUUUUGGAUCACGGCGUGUACGAUUUCACCCUCGUUAGGCCUACUUUAUACACUUAUUAAUCUCUCAGCUGAGGGCAUAAGUGUUCGGGGGAAUUCCUGUUCGAAGCAAUUGUUUGACGAUCAAUUGAGAUGCACCAACUACAAUGCGAAGGAACACAAAUACCGAUGUUUAAAGCGAAGUUACUGAUGUUCGGUGUGUAUAUAUGUAGAGCAGGGAUGUUUCAAGAGAGUAGCACGUGAGGAAGCGGGCCUCGAAUGCCCUUUCCCACAGAUUUGCGAUCGUCUCAGGUUGGAAAGAGAGAGAGAGAGAGAGAGAGAGAGAGAGAGUGUGUGAGGGUUUUUUUUUUUCUUCUCCUUUCUUUGACUUGGUCAGAUGGUCAGUUAUAUCCCUUAUUGUAAAUAGGUAGGUUGAUUAUUAUCCACUGGUGAAUCUUUUCCUUUCUACACUUUGGUUGAAGUGCCCUCACGUCAAAUCACCUUUGAUGUUGUUUUGCAAAUUCUCAGCGAAAGAGGCUUUAAAAGCUGAAUCCCAGACUGGGUUUUGUUUAUAUUUGUACUUUAUACAAGUAAGAUUCAUUGUGCCUUGUAAUCGCGGAGUUGAGGAAAAAUAAAACUCAAUGGAGAGCGCAAAUGGACCAUUUCGCAGAAAGCAAGAAGUCGAAGGGGGUCAGUGGUGGGGGGAGGUUUGUAAUGUAUUUCAGCUCUUUAAAGAUACUCUGAAUGUACAUAGGAACAUGGAAAAUAUAGAUAUAUGCCACAGAGUCUGUGCUUUGUAUCAUAAGAUGGCUCUGGCAAAUGUACUUUUUCUGGUACUUCGUUUAAGAGGGGAUGGGGGGUGGGCGGUGUCGUGAUAUAAGAAAUAUUCACAUAUAUAUAUAUAUAUAAAAAAAAAAAAAAAUGAUAUUUGCACACUAUAUUUUGAUUGUUUUGUUUUUUGUACCAAAGACACAUGCAACUUAAAAUGGCAACUAGCCAGUCUAAGUAAGGUUUUGCACAGCUUACCUGACACCGUAUUGAAUGUAGGAAAAAAUGGUAGGGUCAGGGAUUUCUAAUGAACUGUGAAAUUUGCUUGGGUCCAAUUCUCUGCAGAAAGAAGCGUUCAUUUGCAUCCUCGUCGAAUUUUGUACUGUUCCUUUUGUUCUCAUAUAUAUAUUUGUACCGCCACCGAAGUUUUGUUGCGUAUUUAAAAGACGAGCUAUAAAGUCAGUGGAGAUGCUUCUAUUUUGCCCAUAGAAGAUAUUAUCACAAAACCAAAAGGUUUACUAUUCUUAAGAGUCGUAGAGGAGAGCGCGUAUACAAAAAAAAUGAUACAUGUCAUUGUCUUGUAUAGAGUUUGGAUACGCAUUAAUCCGUGCACACAUUUAGAUGCCACCUUCUGAAAUGCUAUGUUACUCGGCAUGAAACAUUUCUAUGCUUGUCUUCUUACUCUGAGUAUUGUUGAAAGAAAAAUUGAAUUGCGUAUAUUUUUGUAGAGAUUGCCUUUAUAUUUUCUUUCUGUGCUACCCACAGAUCUCUCUCGGAAAGUUCUGAAAUGUUUUCGAAAGCACUUACCUUGCUAAAGGAAAUCAGACUAUCCUUGGCAAAUUGUCAGUUAAAACGCUCUUUUAAAAUUGUAUUUAACACAAUCUUAUGUAUAACUUAUAUAAGUUAUAAACUUUAUAUAUAUAUAUAUAUA